AUGCAAUUUCUUCAGGAGAUGGCAUGGUUCGACAGGGUUGAGAAUCAGGCAGGCAUUCUGACGGCUAGACUUGCGACAGAGGUACAAAGCCUCGGGAAGGUAACUGGGACCCAGUUGGGGGUCGUGGUCGAGAGCUUCACUCUUGUGGUCAGUUCUCUUAUUAUCGCCUUCACAUACAACUGGAAGUUGGCGCUUCUCAACAUUACCUUCUUCCCCAUUGUGGUAAUUGGCGGUGCCUUGCAAGUGAGUCUCUUUAUUCCCCUUUUCACUGGUUUUGUAUAUAGCAAAAAGGUUUUCGUCCAAUUAACUAAAAUUGAGCGGGUCACUGAAACUGAUUUAUCAGAGAAUCGAACUCCCGAAGGUGUAGUGAUACCCAACUCCAGUUUUGCUGCGGAAAUUGCUGCCACACUCAAGUUUCGAGCUCGCGUGUCUCCAAUGAGACAGAUGAACAGGGGUGCAGGUCAGAAUGCUUGUAAGGGAGCAGACAUCGCACAGGAAGCCUUUUCUGCAAACCGCACUGUCGUUAGCCUCGGACUCCAACCCUACAUGUACGAGAAGUUCAAGGAGGCCUCCGCUCCGACUGCCAAAGAGCUAUACGUAGGCUCGGGCCUCUUUGCGAGUGUUCACUCCAUGGCCAACUCAAUCGUCUUCUUCCAGUUCGCUGCCUUCUUCUACGUAUCAGCAAUCCUGUAUGAUGCCGGAGAAGUUGGCAUUCUAGCAAUUUUCAGAAUCUUCGCCUCAAUCAAUUUUGCUGCCCAGGGCUUAGGCCGCGCUGCUUCUUUAGCUACGGAUUUCAAGUCUGCGCAUUCGAAUAUCAAGAGGACUCUUGCUACUAUUGAACGCACAACGGAAAUGGAUGCAAACGUCGGUGCAUCGCCGGAAACACCUUUAUCCGGCAGCAUUGAAUUCAGGAAUGUCUACUUUCGCUAUCCGGCACGUCGUAAUAUCCUUAUUCUAAAGGCAAAGCCGAACACUUCGAACGCUCUAGUUGGCACUUCUGGCUGUGGCAAAUCAACGAUAAUUCAACUGGUGCAAAGACUGUAUGACGUUGAUGAACGCGGUCCUGACAGUGGAAUAUUCGUAGAUGGUAUGGAUCUGCGCAGUCUUUCGCCUAACUGGAUCAGGGAUCAGAUUGGUAUUGUGUCCCAGGAACCAAACCUCUUUGACGUGAGUAUCCGCGAGAAUAUUGCCUAUGGACUUAAUAAGAAGGAACCAUCCAUGGAUCAGAUAAUAGAGGCCGCAAAACAGGCUAAUGUGCAUGAAUUCAUCGAAGGCUUGCCAGAGGGCUAUGAGACCAGGGUCGGUGCCGGUGGAUCCUUACUAUCUGGUGGACAGAAACAACGCGUUGCCAUCGCUCGGGCCCUAAUUCGAAAACCACGAUUGCUGCUCCUGGAUGAGGCCACCUCAGCACUGGACGUAGACAGCGAGCGUAUCGUUCAGGCGACUCUGGACACCGCGAUGCAAGCGGGUUCCCGAACCAGCCUGGUCGUGGCCCAUCGUCUGACCACAGUAGAAAACUGUGAUGCUAUUGUCGUGCUGUCUAACGGACGCAAAAUUGAGUGCGGACCGCCACAGGCUCUCAUGCAGGCCAAGGGUGCCUAUUACGCCCUUCACAAUGUAGACGCUGCUGCUACUAACCACUAG